AUUAAAUGCAACAACAGGAAAUCCUUUUUCGAAAAACAACCUUUAGCUUACUAUCACGAGCCGAGUCUUUGAAACAAACUUGGGAUACAUAUCAGUCUGCCACACUUGCUUUGCUCUCAACCCUUGAUAAUCUCCAUCGGCAACAAUGCAACGAACACAGAUUGGAUCAGUAUCAAGUGGAUGGCCAACGAUUAUUGUACAAACAAACACAACGAUUUGAUAAAUGUAUGGUGCAACUGGCAACACGACUAGACCAGUGGAAAACAGUGGUUCAAGAUUGGCAGCAAUUGGCCAAAGAUGCUCAACACAAUGCAAACAAAGCCAUGUCCUUCAUCAACAAUAACAACAAAGCCGUGCCUCUAUCAUCUCAUUCUCUUAUUCAAGUCACAGCUGUGUCUCCUACUCAAGCUUAUGAAUGGAUCUCUCAGCUAGCCUAUCUUUAUCAUCGGCAAUAUCACUGCAAACGCAUGCUCUUUAUAGCCAUACCUUCAUCCGAUCUAUCGUCUAUCUUGGAACAAUGGUCUACUGAAGCCUUCAUCCAACACCACCCUGUGACUCGUUGUAUAUCCGAUCGACUUCAGUUGUAUAAACAUGUCAAGAAAACAAUUGAAUCUAUAUGAAGAACUCAUCCUAUUCAACCAGUGUAAGU